UGUGCAGGCCGUUACCCCCAUUUGAAUGUCGCCGUAAUGAUCAUGCGGCUGUGCAUCUGGAUUUCUUUUUCGUCCCUGGCACGCGUGCCUAACAACUUAUAAACGCUGUCUGCAUGAGGCGCGGUGGACCUCCCCCCAAUAUCAACUCUCUUUUACACGCUUUCUAGUACCUCCAAAUGACUCGUUGGUCGCAAUACCAUGAGGAUUCAUGUCGCCUUCCCGAAGGCUUUCGAAGAAUAGGAUAUGAUGCAGACACCUCGCGUUAUACCUUUUCCGAUAAGAGAGGGAGGCUUUACCAUGGUGCGCCGGGCGCGGAGUACGGGACCCUGACACCCGUCAAUUCGGCGUCGACUAGCAGACCGGAAGCUUUCUAUUCAGACAGAAGAAAACCAAAGGUCUCCGUCAGUCCCCCUGCGAAGACGUUCCAUGACUUUCUACCAUCCUCCGCUAUAACAUCUCCCUCUAAUCCACUCCCACCAUCGCCUACUGCCCGGUUCGUCAACGCCGCGAGGCAAACUGCGCUUCCCAAAAUGCAGGGUGUCGUUCAGAGCCUGCGUCGAUCCACCAUCAAAUCUGGCCGGUACGACGAGGAGAAGCGCGGACUGCUGCGGAUCCCUUCGACGUCGACUACAGCCUCCGCCAGCUCUGUUGGCCGGUCGAAGAGUUCUGCUACCCCGCGUUCGAGCUCGCAGUACAAGUAUAACAAGACACAUUCGAGGAAGGCUAGCGCCUGA